CGCAGAGACGCCUCUCCAGGCGCGAGCGGGCGGACCUCAGACUCAUAAAAAGCUGUAGGAUCCAACCAGCUGAGCCCGGAGUCCCACGACUCACCGGAGCCACAACAGCAAACCCGCGGCGGCUGGUGACGCGCGCGUCCUUCCUUCUUCCGCCUCUCCUUUGACGCUCGCGGAUGACGUUGUCGGCAUGAUGGCGGCCGCGAGGCCGGGAAGGUGAAGUUGGAACUGGUGGCGUUAACAUAAUCAGUAGCCAACCUCAACCUGAGCCAGGACAGAGGAGAACGGAAAUACUUCUGUCUUUUUGGCCCAGCCAUGUCCACGGUGCCCACCUGGUGAAGGCCUCUCACCAUCCAAAAACUUCUCCUCUGCUCCAGUUGUGCCAGCAGACGAUCCGGUGGAUCCGUUUUAUUUUCCCUGCUAGGAGUUGCUGUACAUAAAUCUGGCGCGAUGUCCCUGUUCUUCUCGCGAAGCAACUCCAUUGUCGCAGUCAAGAAAGAUAAGAGACACAUGGCCGAGGUGAAUGCUUCUCCCCUCAAGCACUUUGUCACUGCCAAGAAGAAGAUCAAUGGCAUUUUUGAGCAGCUGGGGGCCUACAUCCAGGAGAGCGCCACCUUCCUUGAAGACACCUACAGGAAUGCAGAGCUGGACCCUGUUACGACAGAAGAGCAGGUUCUGGACGUGAAAGGCUACCUGUCCAAAGUGAGGGGCAUCAGCGAGGUGCUGGCCCGGCGGCACAUGAAAGUGGCUUUUUUUGGCCGGACGAGCAACGGGAAGAGCACCGUGAUCAACGCCAUGCUCUGGGACAAAGUUCUGCCCUCCGGGAUCGGCCACACCACCAACUGCUUCCUGCGGGUGGAGGGCACGGAUGGCCACGAGGCCUUCCUCCUCACCGAGGGCUCCGAGGAGAAGAGGAGCAUCAAGACCGUGAACCAGCUGGCGCACGCCCUGCACCAGGACGAGCAGCUGCACGCCGGCAGCCUAGUGAGCGUGAUGUGGCCCAACUCCAAGUGCCCUCUGCUGAAGGACGACCUCGUGCUGAUGGACAGCCCUGGCAUCGAUGUCACCACAGAGCUGGACAGUUGGAUUGACAAGUUCUGCCUGGACGCUGAUGUGUUUGUGCUGGUGGCCAACUCGGAGUCCACCCUGAUGCAGACGGAAAAGCAGUUCUUCCACAAGGUGAGCGAGCGCCUGUCCCGCCCCAACAUCUUCAUCCUGAACAACCGCUGGGACGCGUCCGCCUCGGAGCCCGAGUACAUGGAGGAGGUGCGGCGGCAGCACAUGGAGCGCUGCACCAGCUUCCUGGUGGAUGAGCUGGGCGUGGUGGAUCGAGGCCAGGCCGGAGACCGCAUCUUCUUCGUGUCUGCCAAGGAGGCGCUCAACGCCAGGAUCCAGAAGGCCCAGGGCAUGCCCGAAGGAGGGGGCGCUCUUGCGGAAGGCUUUCAAGUGAGGAUGCUUGAGUUUCAGAAUUUUGAGAGGAGGUUUGAGGAAUGCAUCUCCCAGUCUGCAGUGAAGACCAAGUUUGAGCAGCACACGGUCCGGGCCAAGCAGAUCGCAGAGGCAGUUCGCCUCAUCAUGGACUCCCUGCACGUCGCGGCCCAGGAGCAGCGGGUUUACUGCCUGGACAUGCGUGAGGAGCGGCAGGAGCGGCUGAGGUUCAUUGACAAACAGUUGGAGCUCCUGGCACAGGACUACAAACUGCGCAUUAAGCAGAUCACGGAGGAAGUCGAACGGCAGGUGUCAACGGCUAUGGCCGAGGAGAUCCGGCGCCUGUCGGUGCUGGUAGACGAGUACCAGAUGGAUUUCCACCCUUCUCCCGUCGUCCUCAAGGUUUACAAGAAUGAGCUGCACCGCCAUAUAGAGGAAGGGCUGGGCCGGAACAUGUCCGACCGCUGCUCCACGGCCAUCACCAGCUCCCUGCAGACCAUGCAGCAGGAGAUGAUAGACGGCCUGAAACCCCUCCUUCCUGCGUCGGCACGCAGUCAGAUCGACCUGCUGGUCCCGCGGCAGUGCUUCUCCCUCAGCUACGACCUGAACUGCGACAAGCUGUGUGCCGACUUCCAGGAGGACAUUGAGUUCCACUUCUCCCUCGGCUGGACCAUGCUGGUGAACAGGUUCCUGGGCCCCAAGAGCAGCCGCCGGGCCUUGAUGGGCUACAACGACCAGGUCCAGCGUCCCGUCCCCCUGACGCCAGCCAACCCCAGCAUGCCCCCCCUGCCGCAGGGCUCCCUCACCCAGGAGGAGCUCAUGGUUUCCAUGGUCACUGGCCUGGCCUCCCUGACGUCUCGGACCUCCAUGGGCAUCCUGGUUGUUGGAGGAGUGGUGUGGAAGGCGGUGGGCUGGCGGCUCAUCGCCCUGUCCUUCGGGCUCUACGGCCUGCUCUACGUCUACGAGCGUCUGACCUGGACCACGAAGGCCAAGGAGAGGGCCUUCAAGCGCCAGUUUGUGGAGUACGCCGGCGAGAAGCUGCAGCUCAUCAUCAGCUACACCGGCUCCAACUGCAGCCACCAAGUCCAGCAGGAGCUGUCGGGGACGUUUGCGCAUCUGUGCCAGCAAGUCGACGUCACCCGGGAGAACCUGGAGCAGGAGAUCGCCGCUAUGAACCAGAAGAUCGAGGUUCUCGACUCACUGCAGAGCAAAGCGAAACUGCUCAGGAAUAAAGGCGGUUGGAUGGACAGUGAACUCAACAUGUUCGUGCACCAGUACCUGCAGCCCGGCAGAUAGUGGGCGGCCCGGAGCCGGCGCGCGUGGGGCAGGGCGGCGCCACCAGCCUCGUGGGGCCGCCACCCGAGCCACGCCCUGCUCCUGGCUGGCCCCCCGUGAGGAUGAAAGCACCAGUGUUUCACCCCACUCUGGCCCUCACACACUAGUUCCUCCCCCGCCUCGCCUGCCGCUGCAGGAAGAUUUCCUGGCUCACACCCUGACGGAGACUCGCUGGAGACCGUGGCCAGCGUGGCACCGAGGAGUCGAGUCUCGUCAUCUCUGCCCUGUCGGGGCCACUCGACCGAGCAUCGCUGGAGCGCUCGAUCGGGUCCCGGGUCUCCCAGCACCGCAGAACGCCUGCCCGGGCCUGUCGGGGCGUCAGGCGCACCCACCUGCUCCAGCCCACACUAAUGCUGACGCAUGCGUACCUGUGCUCCUCAAGCGCUGCCCCCACACCGGAAGGGGCCACCUCGGGGGUGGUCGGGCUUGCUUCUCAGAGCGCACUGGCCGGGCUCCGGCCCAGAAGGCCCUGGGGCUCGCGUCAGUUCCGUCCUUAGCUUCCAUGCUUUGUCCCGAGUGCCGUGCCUCUCAGACUGGCCGUGGUGGCCGGGCUCAGCACAGACGCCCUGGGUUAUAGGCGAGGCGGGCCCUGUGCCGCGGGUGGGGUGGGGGGUUGGCUCGGGGCUGCAGAGGUGACCAGUGUGGUGAGAAUAGCGUAGUGGGUCGUGCGUGUGUGUGUGUGUGUGUGUGUGUGUGUAGGCGUGUGCCCUCCUGACACUUGCGCGGUUGGAGGGGUAGCUGUUAACCAUGACGAGGAGGGACCGGCCUGCCUGCUCUUCGUCGUGUCCCUCGUUCCGCACAGUCUGGCUUUAUCGUUAGCGAAAGGAGGUUUGGUGCUGACCGUCAGAGGACGUAGCAGAAGGAGAGAGGGUGGAAGGGAGGGGACGUUGGUGGCAGGUUGAGAGGAGCGGGCCCCCUUUCGGGACGGCCGGAGAGGGUGGUGUCGGUGCAGAGUAGGGGCUCUCAGGGGCUGAGAGCCCACCCCACCAGCCUGGUUGCAUCCCUGUUACGCCCUUUAAAAGACAUGCCCCCACCCCCAGCUUGGCCCAAGCUGCCCUUGGCCACCUGUCCCCUGGACUCACUCUCCUGUGCCGUUCGCACUGCGUUUGGCCCAGACACCGAGUGGGCACCCCGGGGCCCGGCCUCCCGCCCUCCCCAAUCCCCAGGUUCCCCGACCCACACGCACGUAGCCUGUUAACUGGGAAACGUUUCCACCGUUGGGUCUGGGUCUAGGGGUUGUUACUGGUUGAAGCAGGGGCAGGUUCCUGUCUCCAGUGGGUUAGCACUCUGGGCAAGCAGCUUUGGGGGACAGCUGUUGCAGCACACGUCAGAGAACGCGCUAGAAACAGGCAGCCUCACCCAGCAAGCGGCAGGGCUUAGGCAGAGAGCUGGGGUUCGUCCUGUUCCUUGGAGUCCACCUGCUCUCUGGCGCCAGGAUGCGAGUGGGUGGCCUCUCUAGGCCCUGCUGGUCCUGCAAGCCCUCGGCCCGCCCCGUCGUGAGCAACUAAGGGACGGGUGUCCCCGAGUUGAGUGCUUGCGGGCCUGGGCGGCGGUCGCCUCACAGCACGUCAGGAGCAGUUGCUGUCUCGCAAUUCCAAUGAAUUUUGUGCUUUUUGGGAAAAAAAUAUUUAGUAUAACUAAACGUGAAUUGUUUUGAAUGUAGCCCCUGGGCAGUGUGCGGAAUGGCGAACUCACGCAGUGAAUAAAGUGAAACGCGCACCACCACCAAGGGAGAGACUCUAAAACAAGCGGGGCGCAGAGACAUUCUGACCCGAUGCUGCUGACCUUUUUCUGUGUGUGCGUGUGUUCGCCGGGGGGCGAGACACGCAUCUAAGAUGACGUGUUGGCCUGAAUUACUUCCGUGUCGAUGCUGAUCAUAUCGGAAACUGAAAUAAAGCUGGUUGGGAGCCCUC